GAAAAUCCAUACCGGAAGUGAAUGUGUUUCUAUCCUUGCUACUUGGUCACCAAAGUUUGUCCGCUGAGGUCCACAGGAGGAACGCGACGGUAGCAGCAGCAGGCAGGCCGGUGUCUCUACUGUACAGCACCGCAGACUCACUGACGUGGAAACAUGCCUCUGCGGUUGGACAUCAAGAGGAAGCUGACGGCCCGGUCAGACCGGGUGAAGAGCGUGGACCUGCACCCCACUGAGCCGUGGAUGGUGGUCAGCCUCUACAGCGGCACUCUGGUGGUCUGGAACCACGAGUCACAGACGAUGGUGAAAACGUUCGAGCUGUGUGAUCUGCCUGUCAGAGUGGCCAAGUUUGUAGCCAGGAAACACUGGGUCAUCGCCGGAGCAGAUGACAUGCUGAUCCGUGUGUUCAACUACAACACUCUGGAGCGGGUUCACAUGUUCGAGGCUCACGCUGACUACAUCCGCUGCAUCGCCGUCCACCCCACGCAGCCCUACAUCCUCACCAGCAGCGAUGACAUGUUGAUCAAGCUGUGGGACUGGGACAGGAAGUGGUCAUGCAGCCAAGUGUUUGAGGGGCACACUCAUUACGUCAUGGAGAUCGUCAUCAACCCCAAAGAUAACAACCAGUUCGCCAGCGCCUCUCUGGACAGAACCAUUAAGGUGUGGCAGCUGGGCUCCAAGACUCCCAACUUCACUCUGGAGGGCCAUGAGAAGGGAGUGAACUGUAUCGACUACUACUGCGGAGGGGACAAGCCCUACCUCAUAUCAGGGGCUGACGACCGCCUGGUGAAGAUCUGGGAUUAUCAGAACAAAACCUGCGUUCAGACUCUGGAGGGUCACGCCCAAAACGUGACCUGCGUCAGCUUCCAUCCAGAGCUGCCCAUCAUCCUCACGGGCUCCGAGGAUGGCACAGUUCGAGUGUGGCACUCCAACACCUACCGACUAGAAAACACGCUCAACUACGGCAUGGAGAGGGUGUGGUGUAUAAGUGGCCAGCCUGGCUCCAACAGUGUGGCUAUAGGCUACGAUGAAGGCAGCAUCAUCAUCAAGCUGGGUCGGGAGGAGCCGGCCAUGUCCAUGGACUCCAGUGGGAAGGUCAUGUGGGCCCGCCACUCCGAGGUGCAGCAGGCCAACCUGAAGGCCAUGGGAGACACGGAGAUCAGGGACGGGGAGAGGCUGCCGCUGGGUGUCAAAGACAUGGGCAGCUGCGAGAUCUACCCUCAGACCAUCCAGCACAGCCCCAACGGGAGGUUUGUCAUGGUGUGCGGAGAUGGGGAGUACAUCAUCUACACCGCCAUGGCCCUGAGGAACAAGAGCUUUGGCUCAGCUCAAGAAUUUAUCUGGGCGCAUGACUCCUCACAGUAUGCCACCAGGGAAGGCAACAGUAUGGUCAAAAUAUUUAAGAACUUUAAAGAGAAGAAGGCUUUUAAACCUGACUUUGGAGCAGAAGGUAUCUUCGGUGGCUUCUUGCUGGGAGUGAGGUCAAACAGCGGCCUGGCCUUCUACGACUGGGAGACCGCGGAACUGAUCCGCCGCAUCGAGAUCCAACCCAAACAUAUCUUCUGGUCUGACUCUGGGGAGCUUGUGUCUAUCGCUACAGAUGAGUCUUUCUUUGUGCUGCGCUACCAGCCAGAGAGAGUGGCAGCAGCCGUGGAGUCUAAGGAAACCAUCCCAGAAGAUGGGAUAGAGGACGCCUUUGAGGUCCUGGGGGAGGUCCCAGAGGUGGUGAAGACGGGGGUUUGGGUGGGAGACUGCUUCAUCUUCACCAGCUCUCUCAACAGACUCAACUACUAUGUUGGAGGAGAGAUCAUCACCGUUGCUCACCUCGACAGGACCAUGUACCUGCUGGGUUACAUCCCCAAGGACGACCGUCUCUACCUGGGAGACAAGGAGCUGAACAUCAUCAGCUUCUCCCUGCUGCUGUCAGUGCUGGAAUACCAAACAGCUGUCAUGAGGAGGGACUUCGGCACAGCCGACAAGGUUCUACCCACAAUCCCCAAGGAGCAGAGGAUUAGGGUAGCCCACUUUCUGGAGAAACAGGGCUUCAGACAGCAGGCCCUGGCUGUGUCCACUGACCCAGAACACAAGUUUGAACUGGCCCUGCAGCUGGGAGAGGUGAAGAUAGCCUACGAGCUGGCCUUGGAGGCAGAGUCAGAGCAGAAAUGGAAGCAGCUGGCAGAGCUCGCCACAACAAAGUGCCAGUUUAGCUUGGCCCAGGAGUGUCUGCACCAGGCUCAGGAUUACGGGGGAUUAUUGCUGUUGGCCACCGCCUCGGGCAACGCCGACAUGGUGGGCAAACUGGCAGAGGGGUCAGAGAGGGACGGGAAGACCAACGUGGCCUUUCUCACCUGCUUCAUGCAGGGAAGAUUGGACAAAUGUCUGGAGCUUCUCAUCAAAACAGAUCGAUUGCCAGAGGCUGCAUUUCUGGCAAGAACAUAUCUGCCCAGCCAUGUGUCAAGGGUGGUGGGGCUGUGGAAGGAGAGUCUGUCCAAGGUCAACCAGAAGGCGGCAGAUGCUCUGGCUGACCCCGGCCAGUACGGCAACCUGUUCCCUGGCCUCCAGCAAGCCGUGCUGGCUGAGCAGUACCUCAAGGAGACUCACGUCAGGGUCAGGCCCGCUGCAGAAUACCCACUCGUCAUGCCAAAUGAGGACCGUGAUGUUCUGGAGGAAUUUGCGAGUUUUGUGCUCAAAGGAGGGCUCAACGAGCCAGAGGAAGUCAUGAAGAGCAGGAAUGAACCCGUCAUAGCAGCAGCAGUGACAGAAGCUGCACCUGCAGAACCAGAAGUGGUGGAGGAACUCAUCCCACCAAAACAGGAGAUCAUUGAUCCUGUGUCAUCAACUGAGGAAGAGUCCAUCCCAGCACCAUCAUCCCCCGUGCCUGUCACAGUGACAGAGGAGCACGUUGAACCGCACCAAGCAGAAUCUGUCGCCGUCACUAAAUCAGAGGAGGCUUCAGUCUCUGAAGAGGAAGAUGUAGCACGGUCGACCACAGAGAUUACCCCCACAGAGCCAGAGAUGGUACAGUCCAGCCCCAUGGAUGAUGUCAGCUCAUCAGCUGAGACGGAGGUUGAGGACAUUUCUCCAGCCGCCGAUGACGUUACUGCUGCCACUGAAACACUAACUGAGACAACAUCAGAAAUCAUCGUGGCAACAGAAGAAACGCCAAGUGAGGCAGUGAUGACAGAAACCAUAGCAACAGAGGAUGUCCUAGUUGAGAUGGGUCUGACAGUUGAUACCGAUAUAACAGAGUCUAUAGCAACUGAGGUAAUGUCUGUUGAUGAAGAAGUGGAAACAGACAUCAUCUCCUCAGAAGCACCAGCCGUCACAGAUUCAGUAGCAGCAGCAGCAGCAGCAGAGACUCGUGUUACUGAGGAACUGGUCUCAGAAACUGCACCAUCACCUGUAACAGUGGAGGAGCUUAUCUCCUUUGAAAACACACACAGUCCAGUGCUGGAUGCGCCCGUCCAAGUCCAGACCGUUUCAGAUUUGGCCCUCGAUCCAUUCCUAGACCCGUUUGGAGAUAUAAUGCCAGUACCGAAGCCAGUCACAGCUCAAGAACCAGAACAAGAGGAACUAGCCACAACACUCCCAGUGAAGCCUGAGGACAACCUGGAGGCUGCUGCCGUCCCUGCAGAGGGCGACGCAGCAGAGCAGGGGGCAGCUCCCGAGGGAACUGAGGAGAUGGCAGAGGACCUCGAGGCCGAGCUGAACGAGGAUGCCCUGGAUGAUCUGGAUCUGGACAACUUUGACCUGGAAGACAUCGACACCACAGAUGUCAACCUGGAUGACGAUUUCUUGAAUGAUUAGAGGGAAAAACCUUUCACAAGCCAUACUGCAGUUUGUUUGUUUUUUCAGUGACCAAAGAACACAAAGGGCUGUUUUUCCAGGACAACAAUAAGCUGUCAACAGAUUAAAGACUUUGUCUGUGUGGUAAUGUAUGACUCAAUAGUCACAACUUAAGCAAAUCUCCAAGAAGGCAGGUUCGACUGUGUUUCAACUCUAUCUGGGAGACCAGACACACGCAGUGGCCUUUGGUAGUAAAGGUAAUAAUGGUAGAUGACAAGGGACAAAAAUGUACUAAAGGGGAGGCUGAGAUAAGACACGCAAAGGCGUACGUGUUUAGAAAUGAUGCACUGCAGCCAAAGAAAUAGAGCUAAGACAUGUCGGUGACCCUUUUUACUCUUAAACAUUUUCUCUUUUAACCAUGUUAGAGCAUCAUAGUGGUUUGUUAUGAAAGUGCUCUCACAUUAUUAAUAAAAGGAUCAUCAGUUUACAAAAAAAAUCUGAGUUUUAGGGGUAGAAAGCCUAACAAGCUGACUGUUAUGUUCACCAGCAUGUAAAAUAAGGAAUUACACCCAGUACCUCUUCUUCCACAGUGUAACACCACUGUUGAUCAGGGUGUUAUCCAAACCAUGGAGGAAGUCACGUUUUUUUAAUAAUCCUUUCAUUCUUGAGGGGUAUUUUCUUUUGUUUUCUAACAUUCCUGCUGGAUUUUAGCUCAUUAGAAUAGUAUUAUUAUUUUUAUUUUUUUUUUUUAUCUGCGACAAAGCAGCCUGUGUUUUCUGAAUGCCAUGAUUUUUAUAACUAUGCAUUCAAUAAGGUUGAACAAGCCCAUGAUUUAGAUCACAACUCCCCCAUGUGGCUGUACUCAGUGCCUUUAUUACCUCUUUGUUGUUAACAUUCUAAUAGUUUGGUGCAUGUUUACUUCCCAAAGCUUGUAUUCACACAAACUGCUGCUUUUAGUUUAUCGGAUAAACUGAAUGUACAGUAUGUUUCUGUUACAGGUGCCUUAAACGUGUUCUUUUAAGAUUGUGUUUGGGUGGUACUGACUGGACUUGAAAAGUGAAUUAUAUAAAUAAAGUUUUCCAUGUUA